GCGCCCGCUCUCGAGCAGCCCCUGGGCGCGGGCCCGGCCGCCGCCAUGCUGUACCUGGAGGACUAUCUGGAGAUGAUCGAGCAGCUUCCCAUGGAUCUGCGCGACAGGUUCACCGAGAUGCGCGAGAUGGACCUGCAGGUGCAGAGAGAACAUUUUGUUUCCUGCUCAGUUUGUAACUGGCUAGAAUGUUCCAAAGUCAGCAGUCUAGAGCCCUGGGUGAGGAGUUUGGGUCGUGCUUUAAGUCACUACCACUGCUCUUAGGGACAAAAAACCUUUAGAACUUGGAGUCCUGCCUGUCCCAUGCUGGAGAGCACAAGAACCUUGAUGAGAAUCCUACCAGAAUGCAAUUCUGCUUCUUGGAAAUUAAGAUGCAAUGGAUCAGCUUGAACAGAGGGUAAAUGAGUUUUUUAUGAAUGCAAAGAAAAACAAACCUGAAUGGAGAGAAGAACAAAUGACAUCAAUCAAAAAAGAUUAUUAUAAGGCUUUGGAAGAUGCAGAUGAAAAAGUACAACUGGCUAAUCAAAUAUACGAUCUGGUAGACCGUCAUUUAAGAAAAUUGGACCAGGAACUCGCUAAAUUUAAAAUGGAACUUGAAGCAGAUAAUGCUGGAAUUACAGAAAUAUUAGAGAGACGGUCACUGGAGCUGGAUACACCAGCACAGCCUGUGAAUAACCAUCACUCCCAUUCUCACACUCCAGUAGAGAAAAGGAAACACAAUCCAUCUUCUCACCAUAGUACAACAGAUCAUGUUCCUGAAAAGAAGUUCAAAUCUGAAGCCCUUUUAUCUACCCUGACUUCAGACGCUUCUAAAGAAAAUACACCAGGGUGUCGAAACAGUAAUUCAUCAUCCUCUUCAAACAAUGCAUACAAUACAAACUCUUCUCAACCAUUGGCAUCAUAUAACCUGGGCUCAUUAUCUUCAGGAUCCGGGGCCGGUGCAAUUACCAUGGCAGCAGCUCAAGCAGUGCAAGCCACGGCACAGAUGAAGGAGGGAAGACGAACAUCCAGUCUAAAAGCCAGCUAUGAAGCAUUUAAGAACAAUGAUUUUCAGCUUGGAAGAGAAUUUUCAUUGUCCAGAGAUUCAGCUGGAUAUUCAUCAUCAGCUCUGGCAUCUACAUUAACGCAGACGUUAAGUUCAUCAACCACAGAUUCACGAAGUGGUAGAAAAAGCAAAAACAACAACAAAUCCUCAAGUCAGCAAUCCUCAUCAUCAUCAUCUUCUUCCUCUCUAUCAUCAUGUUCUUCUUCAUCUGCACUGGCACAAGAACUGUCUCAGCAAACAGCAGUAAUACCAGAGUCUGAUUCUAAUAGCCAGGUUGAUUGGACCUAUGAUCCAAAUGAGCCACGUUACUGUAUUUGUAAUCAGGUGUCCUAUGGUGAAAUGGUAGGCUGUGAUAACCAAGAUUGCCCUAUUGAGUGGUUCCACUAUGGAUGUGUUGGACUGACAGAAGCACCGAAAGGGAAAUGGUACUGUCCACAGUGUACAGCUGCAAUGAAGAGAAGAGGCAGUAGACAUAAAUAAGUUUCUUCAUCUGGAAAAGAAUUGCAUACUAAAGGUUUUAUAAAGGACUUGGGAGGAGAGGGGCAACUCUCACCACACUUCCUUGCAACCACUGAAGAGUAACAUAGCAAUCAUAGAAUGGUAUGGUUGGAAAGGACUGUAAAGAUCUUCUAGUUCCAGCCCCCAGUCAUAAGAUCUUGAACUAUUGGUUUUGCUAAGUCAUGUUUUAAUAUUGUAGGUAAAUUAUUUACGCACCUUGAUGUGCUACAGAUACUAUUCCAGUGAGCCUUGGAUUGUUCCAGUGGCCAACAUAUGCAGACAUUUGUACUAUCAAACCAUUUUCUCUAAGCAGUGGGCAUUCUACAAUUACUCAAUCUUCCAAAAAUUCCGGUAAGUCAAGAUUUUAAAUGUAUGUUUUAUAUACAACAGAUAUAUUCUGCUGCAUGUACUGUACUCAAGAGCUGUUACGUAACACUAUGUAUAUUAAUAGUGCAAAAAGUCAGUGCUUCUGAAAGGAAAAAGAGACAGUUUUUAAAAUGCCUUUAUAGCUUUGGUUCUUUAUGAAACUUAAUUCAGCAGGCUGAAGAAAAUGGUUCUUGUAUACAGCGGGCUGUUGUCCUUUAGGGUACUUGAGUAUGUAAAAACAAAAAUAAUGCUGUAGAAUAAAACAAACUUGUGCCAUUAGUCUUUAUAUGUUUCUGCUCCAGAGAAGGCGGGGGCCAUAAGAAGAAAAAAAGGUGUUAAAGUGAUGAUAAAUUUUUAUACCAAAUGUGUUUAUUUUUUUGUGCAAGUAAUCCUUUAAAUUUGAAUUGUAUUAGGUGUAAAAUAAAAGAAUCUCAACUCCUCA